CCUGACGAAGCCUACACGGGGAGUAAUAUCGAGUCCUUGUUGACGGAGCAUCAUUGGGAAAUGCAGUUUAAGCUGUUCAGUUGGGGAAACGAAACCUACACUCACACUCCACUGAAGGUCAUCUGCCAGACUGUAGUCGAGUUGGAUACCGCCUUGGAUGUCCUCGGGUCUGUCAUGAACGUCACCCUGGUUCCCGUGCCUCUCCUGGCGGGCGGACCUGUGGCUAUCACCGUCGAGAUCGGGGACAGCUCUCACACGAAGCUGGAGCAUUACGUUGCAGAGGUUCCUGAAGGAGGAGAAGUGUACUACCUUCCCUACCAGGCUUCGGAAACCGGGGUCUUCGUCGCCACGGUUGAGGCUAGGAACAUGAUCAACGGAACCACCGGGACCUUCAAAGUGGAGAUCGUGCCUUAUAUCGUACAGGCAGAGUGGACGAUCACGACUGAGAAGCCUUGGGCAACGGAUCCCGGAGACUUCGAGGUGACCUUCUCCUGCAGUGAUAUCUCGACGCCGCCUUGGACAGCGUCGCUCUCCAUAUAUCAGGACGGAAUUGAAAAAGUGACCCCCGUGGAGGUGGACAUCGACCCUGAAGGAGCAGCCAAGGGCCCCUUCACCUUCUCCUCCAAGGUAUCCUUCACCCUGGCCGCCCUUAGCCCAGGAAUCCACACUGUGCAAGUCAACCUCUAA